AUUUGCUGCCUUCGGUGCUUCAAGUCAUCGCAAAAGGCGUUUUCCUCCGUGUUAGAUUUGGAAAAGGCGUGUGCACAGGCUUGUGAUAUAGGUUGAGCUGACAGUGGCUUCCUAUUGAGCCAUGCAGGUCGAGAAUUGCAUCUCGCCGGCGAGUGAACUCUCCAAGAAAUUUAUGAAUGUGGGCAGUGGCUUCUCGAGCUCCGAUAGAUCAGAGCUUUCGUCGCAGGACCAUCCUAUUAUAUCUGCGAGUGACAACCUGGAGAGAAGUUCACCUCUGAAAAAAAACUCUAGGGAGAUGACGAAUCAGUCAGAGGCAGACAAUUUUCCCGACUCCAAGGACGCAUCAGGGGACGUCCAGAGGGGCAAACUCUCUCCUGAUCUUCACGGAGUCUCUGACAUCCGUCAUAAUUUCGAUGGAUCUGCAGGAGAAAGGUGCAUCUUUUCUCCAUCCGCACAGCCUCAGUCAGUCUCAGCAGCCACCAUGUUCCCGUAUCCGAGUCAGCAUGGACCCGCGCACCCGGCUUUCUCUAUUGGAAGUCCCAGUCGCUACAUGGCCCAUCAUCCGGUCAUAACUAAUGGAGCUUAUAACAGCCUUCUGACCAACACUUCUCCUCAAGGCUACGCUGCGGCCGGCUACCCUUACGCGCAACAGUAUGGACACACGUACCAAGGGGGGGCUUUUUACCAGUUCUCCUCCGCGCAGGCAGGACUGGUUCCGGGGAAAGCGCAGGUGUACCUGUGCAACAGGGCCCUGUGGCUCAAGUUCCACAGGCACCAAACGGAGAUGAUCAUCACAAAGCAAGGGCGACGAAUGUUUCCAUUUUUAAGCUUCAACAUCUCUGGCCUCGACCCAACUGCUCACUACAAUAUAUUUGUGGAUGUAAUACUCGCUGAUCCAAAUCACUGGCGAUUUCAAGGAGGCAAGUGGGUGCCAUGUGGAAAAGCAGACACGAAUGUGAUAGGAAAUAGGGUUUAUAUGCACCCGGACUCACCAAAUACUGGUGCGCACUGGAUGCGUCAAGAAAUAUCAUUUGGAAAGCUAAAGCUCACAAACAACAAAGGUGCCUCCAACAACACCGGGCAGAUGGUGGUCCUCCAGUCUCUCCACAAGUACCAGCCCAGGCUCCAUGUGGUGGAAGUAAACGAGGAUGGGACAGAGGACACGAGCCAACCAGGAAGAGUCCAGACUUUCACCUUCACAGAGACGCAAUUCAUCGCAGUCACAGCCUACCAGAAUACCGACAUUACGCAACUCAAAAUUGACCACAAUCCUUUCGCCAAAGGGUUCCGGGACAACUAUGAUACUGUCUACACAGGCUGCGACAUUGACCGCCUAACUCCAUCACCGGGUGACUCUCCGCGUUCACAGAUCGUGCCGGGUGCGAGAUAUGCCAUGCCUAGCUCUUUCCUGCAGGACCAAUUUGUCACCACUUAUGCCAAAUCUCGCUUUCACCCUGGCGUGGGGACUGGGCCUGGCACGGAGCGCAGCGUCCCACUCGGCAACAGCUUGCUCUCCCCGCAGCAGAGCGAGGAGCCCACUGUUGCCACCCCCCCGCAGCGAUGGUUUGUCACCCCUGCCAACAACCGACUGGACUUUGCUGCCUCGGCAUACGACGCCGCGGAUUUCGCCGGUAACGCGGCCACCUUGCUGUCCUAUGCGGCGGCCGGAGUGAAGGCUCUUCCUCUGCCGACUGCGGGCUGCUCCAACCGGCCUCUUGGCUAUUACGCAGACCCGUCGGGCUGGGGAGGACGCACGCCGCCGCAGUACUGUGGCGUCAACAGCAAGUCUAGCUCGGUCUUUUCCUGCUGGCCCGCCAAUUCUCUCGGUGGGAGAGCUGGUGCCAACUACCUGGUGGAGGAGGGAGAGUCCAUCCCCACGGAGAGGUCACCGAUCGGCGGCUCAGAGGAGACCAAACCCAAAGACAUGACGUCAGAGUCGAGCUGGAUAGAAACGCCGUCCUCAAUAAAGUCAAUUGAUUCGAGCGAUUCUGGGAUCUUUGAACAGGCGAAAAGGAGGAGAAUCUCACCUUCAGCAACACCUGUUUCUGAGACUGUGUCCCCGCUCAAAUCUGAGCUGCUGGCACCCAGAGAGUGCGAGAAAAACUGCACGAAGGACAUUGGUUACUACAGUUUCUAUCCUCACAGUUAAACUCUAUCUAUCUAUCUAUCUAUCUAUCUAUCUAUCUAUCUAUCUAUCUAUCUAUCUAUCUAUCUAUCUAUCUAUC